CUCAUCAAAAUCCCAAACAAGGAGAUGGUGGGGUAAUAAAACGAACGGAACAUUUAAUUAAUGCAUAUAAUAAUUAAUAUUUUAUGUUAUCGUAAAGUAAGAAAUAUUUAUGGGUUAAAAUGGACUACGACUUCAAAACGAAGCUCGCCGCCGAGAGGGAGAGAGUGGAAGAUCUCUUUGAAUAUGAAGGUUGUAAAGUGGGUCGCGGCACGUACGGGCAUGUUUAUAAACCGAAGCGUAAAGACGGGAAGGAUGAGAAGGAGUAUGCACUGAAACAAAUAGAAGGCACUGGGAUCUCCAUGUCUGCCUGCAGGGAAAUUGCUUUGCUACGGGAGCUGAAGCAUCCAAAUGUUAUUGCCCUCCAGAAAGUAUUUCUGUCCCACAGUGACCGUAAAGUCUGGCUGCUGUUUGACUAUGCUGAGCAUGAUCUGUGGCACAUCAUAAAGUUUCAUCGAGCAUCAAAAGUCAAUAAGAAGCCCAUGCAGCUACCGAGGGGGAUGGUGAAGUCACUUCUGUACCAGAUCUUAGAUGGCAUCCAUUACCUGCACGCUAACUGGGUCCUGCACAGAGAUCUGAAACCUGCCAAUAUCCUGGUUAUGGGGGAGGGCCCAGAGCGGGGAAGGGUCAAAAUUGCUGAUAUGGGGUUCGCUCGACUAUUUAACUCUCCACUGAAGCCAUUGGCGGAUCUGGAUCCAGUAGUUGUCACGUUCUGGUACCGAGCACCUGAACUACUGCUUGGGGCGAGACACUACACCAAAGCAAUCGAUAUCUGGGCAAUAGGGUGCAUCUUUGCAGAGCUGUUAACGUCAGAACCAAUCUUCCAUUGUCGACAAGAAGACAUAAAGACCAGCAAUCCUUUUCAUCAUGACCAGUUAGAUCGUAUAUUCAGCGUCAUGGGCUUCCCAGCAGAUAAAGACUGGGAGGACAUCAGGAAAAUGCCAGAAUACCCCACUCUACAGAAAGAUUUCAGAAGAACCACAUAUGGCAACAGCAGUCUCAUUAAAUACAUGGAGAAACACAAAGUUAAACCAGACAGCAAAGUCUUUCUGCUGCUCCAGAAGUUGCUCACAAUGGACCCCACUAAAAGAAUCACUUCUGAGCAGGCACUGCAGGACCCUUAUUUUCUGGAGGACACUUUACCCACAUCUGAUGUAUUUGCAGGAUGUCAGAUUCCCUACCCCAAACGAGAGUUCCUGAAUGAAGAUGAACCAGAGGAGAAGACAGAGAAGAAUCAGACCCAGCAGCACCAGCAGACAGCUGCGCAGACGCAAACACAGACACAGCAGGCUCCAUCCCAGCAGAGCUCAGCGCAGACAAACGGCAUGUCAGGCACCGCAGGGGCCAACACAGGCCCCUCCAUGCAGCAUGGACAGGACCAGGGGCCUCCUAACAAAAAAACACGUACCUCAGGAACUAGCAUUCUUCAAACAGACUACCAGCACUCCAGCUCUCGGCUUGGUUACCAGAGCAACAUCCAAGGCUCCACCCAGUCACAAAGCACUGUGGGAUACUCAUCUUCAUCUCAGCACUCGCACCAAUCCCACCGAUACUGAGACUCAAAUACACACAUAAGUACUCAAGCAAAUUUGUAACCACAAGCAAGGCAAGUCAACAUUGUCAUUCAAAAGAAAAUGCUUAACUGUGGACGAUAGUGGAUAGACUAAUAUCUAUUAAAGUGUCUGUCUUGUAAUACCCCAGCCCGCCUCUUAUACUUAUCAAACUGCAGUUUAACCCCUUACAAAUCCCUGCCUGGCUUCCCACAAUUAUCAGCAAAUGUCACGUCCAAUCAAAGCACAACCCUACAAACUCUUCAUUUUGAUCAGCACCCUUCUAAAGCACUGAAGCCAUAGCCCGUUGACCAAAUAUUUACCAUCACCCUUCAGUUUUCUCAAUAGUACCUCAAUACAUUUAAACACCAACUAGACCAUAUAACCAUCUAAAGGGUUAGCUUCUUCAUCAAGUCUGGUUUACUACCCUUAGACCAAAUAUUAGACACAUCAAUGCCAACAAAUGCUAUCUGGGUGAAUCUCACGAGACUUGUCAAUAACUUGUUUUAUAUUUCACCCCAAAAUCAAAAGAAAGAAAUGCAAAGUUAUAUUAUGUUUAAAUAGGUUGUAAGCACUGUUAGUCAUUCUGAAACUUUUUCAAGAAUUGUAAAAAUUGUAAGAAUUUUCCAAGAAUUAGACACGCCCCUUCUUUACAAAACCCCGCCCAUCUAAGACACACUUGCACAUUGAGGCCAUUGUAAUGAAAGUGGUCAAAAGCAGCGGUGGCGAAAUAGUGUUCUUGCACAAUGAACUAAAAACGUCUAGGUUACGUACGUAACCUCCGUUCCCCGAUGGAGGGAACGAGACGUUGUGUCAGAGAAGCGACACUAGCGGUCUCUCUUGAGCGCCGAUAUAUACCUCUGUUCUAUGAAAAAAGGCCAAUGAGAAGUUGGCAGAUGGUAUUUGCAUAUCCCGACCCCGGACAUGCAGGUAUUUAAGCGGGGUGAAUACGGGAGUUCAUUCAGGAUUUUUCUGAGGAGCCGGAAAUGGUCCGGC